UCCCGGCCACCGCAGCGCUGCCUGGCGCUGCUGCAUCUCCUGCAGCUGGGCUACCUGUACAGGUGUGUGCAGGGGCUGCAGCAGGGGCUGCUGGUGUGGCAGCAGGAGGCGCCCUCCGAGUUUGACCUGGCCUACGCCGACUUCCUCUCCCUGGACAUCAGCAUGCUGCGGCUCUUUGAGACCUUUUUGGAGACGACACCACAGCUCACGCUGGUGCUGGCCAUCGUCCUGCAGAGUGGCCGGGCCGAGUACUAUCAGUGGGUUGGCAUCUGCACGUCCUUUGUGGGCAUCUCCUGGGCGCUGCUUGACUACCACCGGGCCCUGCGUGCCUGCCUCCCCUCCAAGCCCCGCCUGGGCCUGGGCUCCUCCGUGAUCUACUUCCUGUGGAACCUGCUGCUGCUGUGGCCCCGGGUCCUGGCUGUGGCCCUGUUCUCAGCCCUCUUCCCCCGCUAUGUGGCCUUGCACUUCUUGGGGCUGUGGCUGGUGCUGCUGCUCUGGGUCUGGCUUCAGGGCACAGACUUUAUGCCGGGCCCCUGCUCCGAGUGGCUGUACCGGGCGACAGUGGCCACCAUCCUCUAUUUCUCCUGGUUCAAUGUGGCUGAGGGCCGCACCCGAGGCCGGGCCACCAUCCAUCUGGCAUUCCUCCUGAGUGACAGUAUCCUCUUGGUGGCCACUUGGCUGACUCAUAGCACCUGGCUGCCCAGUGGGAACUCCCUGCAGCUGUGGCUGCCUGUGGGCGGUGUCUGCUUCCUUGUGGGUCUGGCUUUGCGGCUGGCCUACUACCGCUGGCUGCACCCUAGCUGCCGCUGGGAGCCUGACCAGGUGGACGGAGCCCGGAGUCUCCUCACCCUGGAAGAGAGCCAGCUGCCUCACAACAGGCGCGUGGCCCAGUUAGCUCGGACAUUUUUCCUCACGGCUAAGGAUGAGGUGGCUUCGCCAGUGAAGGGAGAGGUGAACGGGGUCCUUUGAGGCAGGGUCAGACCCGGCUGGGGGAGAAGGACCGUGAAUCGACUGGUGGAAGGCAGGAGCAGAUAAGCUAGCUGUGCUGCUGUGGGCCUGGAUGCAUUCAGCAGGAGUAGGACGCCUGUUCUGUGCCAGGCACUGGACACGGGUGCUGAGUAAAGCAGAGGCCUGCCUUCAAGGAGCUCAGUGUGAACAAGAUGCAGCCAAGGGCCUCAAUUAUUUGUAUUUUUUUUGAGUUGGAGUCUCCC